GGAGACGAGUGGUCCAGACAAGCCUGCAAACGAGGCGUUCCCAGCCGCCCCGUCUGUCCGCCUGCCCCCCCUCCCCUCCCCCCAGCGGAGCUCCAAAUCGUCAAUGCCAAACGCUGCUGACUUCCGCGGGGAAGAUCCGAUCAAGUUACAUCUAUCUCCUCCAUCGUCUGCGGGCACUGGAGCCAUGAUCUCCGUCGAUCGCAAACCAGAAUAACUCACCAUAGUUGCAGACGACUUGUGAAUUAUUUUUGUCCCCACAACGAAGAUCGUGAAAUGAGACGGGACGCAGAAAACAAACUGGCUAGCUAUUAGGCUAACGUCUGUUAGCUUCUAUAGCAGUCAUCUUACAAUCUACCCCAGCUAAUUGGCUAAAGGUUUAUAUACCAAAGUGGCUGUUGUGUCUUAAGAAUGGGCGUUUUUUGAAAACGUACAAGUGAUAGUCUGUAAAUAGAUGAAUUAGUUGCGGGUCGGUUAUUUUUGUAAUAUUUACUUUCUGUCCGAAGUUUUGUAGCACCAGACAGUCGUGCUAACCAGCUAGCAUGUUAGCUAGCAGAUAUGGACGUUGUUUGUUGGUUAGUUGUAAAUGGCACCUCCGCCAAAUAAGUUAGCUGUUUGGUUUAUCUGUACGGACUCUGCUGGAGUCGACAAUAGGACUAACUUCACUUUGCUUGGCAGUUAACGUUAGGUAUCCCAUCACGUCAACCGACCCCAACACAACAGCGCCUCAUUUUUUUAUUCCCAUCAAUUCUCAAUGUGUUGUUCCAUGCUUGAGAGAACAGUUCGAGUAAUUGAGCUGACGUGAGAAAAGGGGGGUGAAAACAAGGUGGUGGUAGCAAAAAAAAGAAGGGGACCAGAAGAAGUAAAAACGAGACGUACAGGAGCGCCAACCACAAGAAAAAGUCGAUGUACACUGUCAUGGCUGUGGGCCGAAUCAUAAUGAAAUCACUCGCCAAAUUUGGGUUUUGCCUGAUUAUUCUCCUGACUUCUGUGGCUGCUGCACAGGGCGAGGAAAGGGAGUGUGCCUUCACAGACCAGCAGCAGCAGUGGGAGGUGGAGCGAGUAGCGGGGGGUGAAGGCCGGGUCUCCCCAGAGAAUACCACCAUCCGAUGUGCCAAGGGUAGUCACUGUUUUGGGUUGUGGGAGAAAAGUCCUCCAGGCGAAGUGAGACUUGUCAAACAAGGUUGCUGGACUCACCUGGGUGACCACCAGGGCUGCCGCGACGACCGCUGCGUGGUGACCAACCUCCCUCCGCAGAUCCAGAAUGGGACAUACCACUUCUGCUGCUGUGGCAGCGACAUGUGCAACAUCAACUUUACAGAAGACUUCCCACCGCCCAGCCCCACCACUGCACAGCCCAUCUACCCUCGCUACGAGGAGACAGUGAUUAUUGCCCUGGCAACAGUCUCCGUGUUGGCUGUGGUUGCUGUGGCAGCUUUCUUUGCUUACCGCAUGAUGCAUGGAGAUGGCAAGCAAGGCCUUCACAACCUGAAUAUGGUGGAAGCUGCUGGCUCUGAAAGCUCUCUGGACCUAGACAAUCUCAAACUGCUGGAGCUGAUUGGGCGGGGCAGAUACGGCGCCGUGUACUGUGGCUCUCUUGAUGAACGGCCUGUUGCUGUGAAGGUGUUCACUGCAACUAACCGCCAGAACUUCAUAAAUGAAUGCUCCAUCUACCGGCUACCACUGCUGGAGCAUGACAACAUCGCCCGGUUUGUGGCCGCUGAUGAGCGAACAGGCCCAGAGGGACGCAUGGAGUACCUGCUGGUCAUGGACUACUACCCACAUGGCUCUCUGAGUCACUACCUGAGCAUUCAGUCCAAUGACUGGGUCAGCAGCUGCCGGCUCGCUCACUCAGUCACCCGCGGCCUGGCGUAUCUGCACACCGAGCUCUUCAAAGGAGACUUGUACAAGCCAGCGGUUUCCCACAGGGACUUGAACAGCCGGAAUAUUCUCGUCAAGGCUGACGGCAUGUGUGUCAUUAUCGAUUUCGGCCUGUCAAUGAAGCUGACAGGAAACAGGCCGGCACGUCACGGGGAGGAGGAAAACGCUGCUAUAAGUGAGGUGGGGACAAUCCGCUACAUGGCUCCGGAGGUGCUGGAGGGCGCAGUGAACCUGAGGGACUGUGAGUCGGCACUGAAGCAGGUGGACAUGUACGCCCUGGGCCUGGUUUACUGGGAGACCUUCAUGAGAUGUACCGACCUUUUCCCUGGAGAGUCUGUGCCAGAGUACCAGAUGGCCUUUCAAGCGGAGGCAGGGAACCACCCAACGUUCGAGGACAUGCAGGUCCUGGUAUCCAGGGAGAAGCAGCGGCCCAAGUUCCCAGAAGCCUGGAAAGAAAACAGUUUGGCGGUUCGCUCCCUGAAGGAGACGAUGGAGGACUGUUGGGACCAGGAUGCAGAGGCCCGCCUCACAGCGCAGUGUGCUGAGGAACGACUGGCAGAGCUGCUGCUCAUAUGGGACCGUUCCAAAUCUGUCAGCCCAACACUCAACCCCAUGUCCACAACACUACACAAUGAGAGAAAUCGUAUGACACCAAAGUCUGGCACGUACACAGACCAUCCCUUCACCUACAUUGAAGAGCAUGAGGAUGUGGCCAAGAACUCACAGGCAGACACCAGUAGCUCUGUGAGCAGCAGAGCUGUAGCUGGGACUGUGGAGAGAAACAGGAACUCCAUAAACCAGGAGCGCCAGCAGCUAGCUAACGCUCGUCUGCCCAGCCCAGAAAGCAGCAGCACCAGCAUGGGACUGAGAGGCAGCCCUUCAGCCUCCACUACAACCACCACUGUAAUCUCUGAGUCUGAGGGACCUGCAGGGGCUGCCACAGUCCCCGUCUGCCUCCACCUGACCCAGGAAGACCUGGAAACUACCAAGCUUGACCCAAAAGAAGUGGACAAGAACCUGAAGGAGAGUUCGGAUGAGAACCUGAUGGAGCACUCACAGAAGCAGUUCUGCUCUCCAGACCCACUGAGCCCUGGCAGUUCCAGCCUACUUUAUCCACUCAUCAAGAUGGCCAGCGAGGUGUCGGGCACAUCAGACCCUGCUGCCCCCAUGCCCACUACCAUCUUCCCCCUGCCCAAGCAGCAGAACCUGCCCAAGAGGCCAUCCAGUCUGCCCCUGCGCACCAAGCCCACCAAGAAGGAGUCGUCAUCGUCUUCACUCAGGUUCAAGUUCGGACGCUCGGGAAAGUCCAAUCUGAGGCAGGUGGAGGGAACAAAGUUGAACACUGGUGCAGUGACAGGCACAAACCCAGCUGUGGAGGCUCACCGGGGCACAGGCACAAACAACCUACCUAUUCUACGAGGCACCCAUAUUAAUGGUAGCGUUAAUGGUGUAGUUCAUGCUAGCUCUGGUGUCUCAUCCAUAGCUACAGGUGGAGCAACAGGUUUCGGAGGAUCCAGCACAACUCAGAACAGGUCUGGAGCCCUGAGGUUGGACGACAGCAACCUGAGCCUCGGUGCUAUCACAACCAGCCCAGACGAACACGAGCCACUUCUGAGCCGAGAGCAAGAACAGCUCGAUCCAAGAGACACGUCAUCGAGCGUUGCCGCCCUCCGCUCAGCCCGACCCAACACCAACAACAACAACAGCAACACUGGCCAUGGCCAGGGGGAUGGAGAGAGUGAAGGAGAAAGCGACGGAGGGGAGGAGGAGGGGAACGAAGAAGCAGGAAGCAGGGAAACUACAGGUCCCCCAGGAGAAAGCCCAGCGUCUGGUGCCGCAGACCCCCAGGGCGAAGUUCCAGUCACCAUGAGAGGGGAGGCCCUGCUCAGGCAGCCUAGAACCCGCAGGCCCGAGAGACCCAACUCCCUUGACCUGUCCUUCACAACACAGGGCCUAGCCUCACUAGGGGAGGGGUUGGUACAGCCAGACGGAGCACUGGCGACAGGAGAUAAGAUCAAGAAGCGUGUCAAAACCCCAUAUUCCCUCAAGAAGUGGCGACCUACCACAUGGGUCAUCUCCACAGACAACAGGGGACCAGAGGUCAACAACAAUGGGUCCACCCAUGGUCAGGGACACAGUCAGAAGUCCAGUUCAGCUAUCUACCUGCGGGGAGGGGGCUUGGCCAGCGAGCGCAGCGACACGCAUGUGUGAACUCGGACCUUUUGACAAGACAGAGGAAACAAACAAAGCGCUUGUGUCUGGUCUGUUGGGCUUUCUCUUCUGAAUCAGCAAGAGGAAACUACAGAGUGUCUUGUGAACAAACAGUUGAGUCUGAACAUGUACAGUAAAUUAGGUCCGUCUCGCUCCUGUGUGUCUUUCUGAUGACGACAUUGCUUUAAAUGGAAUCUAGCUAUGCAGCAAUCUCAUCUGCUUCUGUUUCUCUGUUUUAUUAAUCUCCCUUUGUUAGUUUGUUUCAUGUCUCAUAGUGAUGUUCUGAAUGCCUUUUUUUUUGUAUGUGCACUUUGAACCAAUUCAAAUCAGUGUUUAGAAGUCCUGUCAGUUGCGACCACAACAAAACUGGUCUCUAAACUUAAAACGGUGAAGAAAAACAAUCAACACUUUGAGCGUUCUCGGUCUUAUACUUGCUGUAUCAAGUAACUUUAGAGUAAAAACAAAUUGAGUCUUAAAAGACAGAACAGACUACUUUGUUUUUUUUAUUUCCAUUAUUUGUAUGCAAAACCAAGUUUGUCUUUUUUUGACUGUAUAUCCAUUUUUUGUAUCAUAAUUCAAAUUGUGCAAUAGGAUGUAGGUUUUAGAUGCUUUUUAUUGUUUCCAUUAUGUUUGUCAUCAUUUUAUAAUUUUUAUAUGUUAAUCUCUGUUGCACUUAUGAAUAGUCACAAUCAUUUUAAAAGCAAUCCACUACACACUAUUACCCUCUGGAUGUGAGAAGAAAAUGGAUGACAACCCUCCUCUUUUUCCUUCCUCUCUGGACUAUCUUUAGGGGGUGCACAAAAACUAUCAAUCAAUCCCAGCAAACUGGUCAAAUAUGUUUUCAUGGAACUUCUGUGCUUGCACAUUGACACAAGGAAUGGCUCAAACUCUGGGCUCUUUAGACACUACAA